AUGCGCUGCUCCAUCGCCCUGGUCCUCCUCGCCGCCCCCCCUCGUGUCUGCGACGCUGGACCCGGCAUGUGCCCGAAGCUGCACAACUGCGAGGCGACCAAGGUGUCUACCGCCAUCCAGGCCGUCGAGUGCUCGCACAACACCCACGAGAAGCAGACGUACGCCGUCUUCAAGCAGGACCACCAGUACGACGGCAACCACGGCUACCCGUACGGAGACUGCGCCGCCUACACGUGCGAGCGACAUCGUACUUAUACUUUGUGUCGUGUUUUUAGUGUGAGUGUCAAUGGCACUGAGUCGGGCGACGGCACGGGUUGCAUCAAGGACCCCAACACGAGUGAAUGCGGCUGCGAGGACUCGGCCGCGGGCAAGUUCCACGUCGGCAAGACUGGCUGCGUGUAA